AUGGGCUGGAAAAGCAUGUUAAUAAUCACCGCAGGCCCUUAUGCCCUGAGUUCUCAGCUUCUCCCCAGAAGUGGAACUAACUGGAGGGUCGGUAUGCGAAGAGGGGUCUCCCUUGUAACAGGAGUGAAGAAUGACCCGACCCGGCCACAAGAAGACAGGCAGAGUGGCGGGGCAAUGGUACCAGACGUUAAGGAGAGAGAAGUGAGUUGGUCUCGACGAGAGCCCAGGCGAGUCUCGUGUGUGAGAGUCUGA